CAAAAGAACUACGCCGUUGCCUCCGGUAGUUGUGACGGUGAUAGUGUUGAUAGUAGCCAAGCACCUACUCCAUGUGUUCGCCCACCAUGUCAGCCACAAGGUUGUGGCCAGUGGUCUGCGUGGUCAGAACAAGUCGGACAAUGCAAAAAUUUCCUUGUGAAUCCCAACACUGGAGUAUGCCUAGUCCAAGGUGAUCAAAACGUAACGAAAACAAGGACAUGUACGCCAUGCCCAGUCGGCAAACGAGAUCUACAUAAGAGGACAUUCCCAGAACUCCCUGAAGAACAACAAUGUGUUGGAGAGUCAAUACAAGUAACAUCAAGAAAAUGCUGUACCAGCGGUGGUGGGGGAACAGGAUGUCAGUUUAGCCAAUGGACUGCCUACCAAUCUAACGCCCAAUGCAGUAAAUCGUGUGGUGUGGGAACAAGGCUUGAAUCUCGUUCAAGAGUAGUUAUAAGUGGAAUAAAUUGUGUCGGAGCUACAGUUGAAUCAAAACUAGGCGUCUGUAAUACACAAGCAUGUGCACCUUGCCAAUGGGGCCCUUGGAGCCAACUUACCUACACGGCGUGUAGCGUCACUUGUGGUAAUGGAUACACAGG